GACUGAAAAUUUCUGAGCACCAUCUAGCAUGUUUACCAGCUGUGGGCGUCGGUGUCGGUCAGCCUGUGCAUGCUGCUGUAAGGAAAAUGCCACCUGGACAGAAGUGCGGUACAUGUUUGGGCUGGUCAGUGUAAUAGAGAAGACUAAGUAAUAACUGAAUGAAAAUGCUGACUCAGUGACAGGCAAUGGUCAAUGAGAAUAGGUUGUCUUUGAGAGGCAACAACAUUGACAAUAUAUCCAGCAGUAUAAGCACCAUGAGAAAUGUGUCCAUUCAAAUUACCAAUUGCACAGACAGCUACACCUUAUCAAACCCAAGGACCUACACUAGCAGUGGAUAUUGUCUUAAUCCUCCUCAGCCUACAGUAGCAAAAAAGACCAGUGAAGCCUGCAGCUUUACCAAAACACACUUUUCGGCACGUGGCUGUGUUGGAGUCCUGGCAUACGAGAUCCUUAAUGAUGAAGGGCACUUUGUCGGGGAUCUUGUCAUAAUGUUUUCUGUGCCUUACAUUUGGUAUGAAAACUAUUUAGCACUUGGAAUUUUUGAAAACCAAGUCUCAUGUAAUGAUGAUCUGUUUUAUGAAAUGUAUAACAUGAAAGGUCCAUUCACCAGGGAAAGGGCUAAAGGAAGUGAAGUCAUGUAUUGUGGACAAGGAAUUUGUGUGAAGGGAACAAUGUCCGCUGCAGGCAAUGCAAUAAUAAAAGUUGAAUUUCGAGAUUUGUAAUCACCAAAACUAGACAGACAUGAGCAAAACACAGCAGAUUCAACAUCAGGGGGUCAGUGACGGAUUGAAUACUAAUACACUCCUACUAAUAAUAUGUUUGUCUGUGAAAUAAUACAGUAUGACUACUGUAAACAAAUAGACUAUUACUACUACAGUCAUUUCUCAUAUAAACUAUAUGCAUAGUUCAUAUAAACUAUACAUAAAUUAUUCACAAUAUCAACAUGAUUUACAUUUGUUUGAAUAUUUUAUUACUAUUGGAACUGCAACCACUGCAAACACAUGAACAAAAUACUGUAGCUAUGAAAAUAUCCAUAGCUCUGUGUUGAUAUGUCUGGGAGAAUGCAAACAAAACAUGCUGAAGGACUGACACUUUAUUCAUUCAAGAGACUCAGGGUUCAAAUUCUCUAUUAUCAAAGUUUUUCAUUAUUUUAAUUCAAAGGUUCUCAGCCCUGGUCCUAAUGCAUGCCUUAUCCUGCACAUUUAAGUGAUUUCUCUGCUCUCAACACUUCUAAUUCUGCAAUGCACUGAUUAGCAGUCCUCCGUUGAAUUAGCUUGUGUUCAAGCUUGAAACAGGGAAAUCAAGAUCCAGGAUUUGGGGAUCUGUAACUUUAGUGUGUAAAUUUGUAAGUUUCAGUUAACUAAAAAUCAUUUUCAGACUCAUGGUCUCAUUUUACAGUGAAGGUCUUCCCAAAUAAAAAUGGAGGUUGUUAAAGCAUUUAAACAAUCCAGUAAUUAAUAGAAUGUCUCUUUUGUUUGAUCAUUAGUGUUUUUUUCCAUAUAUUUUUUAUGGUAAUCUGUUUUAUUAUUGCCCUUCUGUGAGUGUUGUGCCUGUCUGUGUUGGCUUUCUGUAUGUGAAUAUUUCUUGUAUAUUUAUUUUAUGUAUAGCACUUUGAGUUGUGUAUAGAGAAGUGUAAUUUAGAUGUGAGUAAUUCUGAAAAAAAGCACUAUCAUGUGCAAUCCUUCUGCAUGUUAUCAGAUAUUGUGUAUUCACUGCAGGUUUAUAGCACAUUUUAAGCAGAUUCAAGAUCAGGGGAUCAGUCAAAGACGACAGGAUUGUAAAGUGUUGACUAUGAAUAACAACUGAUGAUAUGCCUAUGAACUAAUACACUACGACUACU